AUGGUAUUUGACAUAACAGGGAGACUCCGCGUCUGGCGACCCUCUUCGCCGGGAGACCCGCCCUGCGUCGGGGGCCGCCCGCAGCCCGGAGCGGCGGGGGCGCGGCGCCGCCCUCCCCACCCCCAGCCCGCAGGCCCCUUACCCCCGUGGAGCCGCGGCUGCCCCACGGCGCCCUCCCGCGCAUGUCCGUCCCGGCUGGCUCAGCGCCGCGGGCUCAGGGGCCCCGACACCGCGCAGGCGCCUCGCCGCUCGCAGCCGCUCGCCCGCCGCUCGCGCUCCCCGCUCGCACUCGGCCGCCGUCGCUCGACCGCCGCAGCUAGUCUUUUAAAGCCCCGAUUUUGUUUGGAUCAGUGGAGUAGCCAGCUUAAAAACUUCAUUUUUGUACCCGCCUUGCAACCAGGGAGGUCCAGUGACGACACAGCCUUCACUAGGGGGAUGGAGAACGCGGACUGGAGUGCGGCUGAGUGUUGCUUUCCUGCUGUGGGCACCACCGCUCCACCCUCAGCUCUGCCUUCCACUUCCUGCCCGAUAGGAGAUGUCCCUGGAGCCACACGAGGAUUGAAGUCACAUGCUGACAAUGGGGGAGCCCAGGGCAUUCUGAUAUCUAGGGCCUACUGCACCCGGCCUGGGUUUUCUAUCCCCUGACUUCUUGUUAGGUGGUGACGGUGAGCCCCUUUCUGACUAAGUCACAGGAGAUGGGUGUUUACUACACGCAGUUGAACCAAUUCCUGAUGAAUACAGCUUAUUUGAGGAUGCGAUGUCUGAACUGAGUAGCAACUAAUUGGGAAAAGGGGGCCAAGGAGAGCGCACAUCCCAAGGGCUUUGCUCAGACCUGCGCUUUUGAAUACCAGGGGUUCAUCGACCGAGUUCAAGAGUAUUGGAUGAAGACUUCUUAACCUGGCCUGGGGGAUGAGCCUGCUGGGGCAGAAAAGUCUAGUGGGAGCCGUCGUCAUAGUAAUUGCUAACACUUGCAGUGUGCCAGACACUGUUCUAAAUAAAGGAGCUACACGUGUUACCUCAUUCAGUCCUCACAACAGCCCUUUGAGGAACGUGCUGUUGUCCCCAUGUUACAGUUGAGGAAUCGGAAGCACAGGGAUUUGAAGACACUUGCCCAAGGUGGCGUAGCUGGUCAGUGUGGAAGUCAGGGUUGGGGGCCAGGCCGUGUGGCCUGAGAGCCUGAGCUCAUUUGUUCAUGACAGGCAGAGCUUGACCCCAACCUUGACCUCGGUCCUGUGUCCUUCCCUUUGAUGACUAACAGGAUUCCUGAGAUGUGUGCACAAACAUACGACUGAGGAGUGUACUUCUGGAUUCUAGUCCUCAAAAGCUGAUAAGCCAACUAGGCGGUGGUUUUGGAAAACAUCACGUAGACCAUCUCCUGUCUGUUGUUUUUGGAAUCCCGACUGAAUAAACGGUUCCCUAGCAUUAUGAAAA